AUGCAAAAAGUUCUUAAUAUUAAGACAUCUACUAUUUAGACCAAGAUAACUCCCUCUUAUAUGAUGGAGAACCUUACUUGUUCAUAGCAAUAUAUAGCAUAUGCAAACAUAAACGGAGAUACUAAAAGGGUAGUGGUGAUCAGACUCAAAUCUGAUGGAGUAAGUAGAGAUAGUGAGGUUGUUUUGAAUGAUUUUCCUGAUUUGGUGACAGAUUUGAAAUAUGUUUAAAUUAAAAAUGAAUGGAAAUUGAUAAUCACAGGAUUGUAGGGAUACAGAAUUUAUAGUGAAGAUGGUAAGAAUUUGAUAUAAACAAAUAAAAUAGCUCAAAACGCUGCAGAUAGCAAAAUGAUUUCAGAUGCAAAAACUAUGUUUACUGGUAUUUGUACUCUUAAGUGUAAUGAUGGGGCAGAAACAAUCUGUGUUGGAUCAACAAAUGGGCAUAUUUAUUUCUCUGAAUAUUUGGGUCCAUAGAAAUUUUAAUGCUACAUAGGAAUUGCUUUGGAUCAUAAUUAAAAAGUUAAUCGUUUGACAUCAUGUUAGACAGAUAACACUUUGAUUGCUUGUAAUUAAGAGGGUGACAUAUCUCUUUUUAUGGCAAAUUAAUUAAAAGAUAUGGUUUAUAUAAAGAAAUUUAAUAGUAACACUAACAGAUCUCCAAUAAAUUGUAUGAGCGUAUUAGAAAGAAAAUUAACUAAUCCCAAUAUAUCUAACAUACUAGCUUGUGGUGAUUACACAGGUAGCAUUUCUUUGUAUGAUUUAAAUGAGUAUUAUCUAUUAUUCACAAUUAAUUCUCAUGUCAGACUAAUUUCUUCCAUAGACUGCAAUCAUGCAACAAAUGAAAUUCUUUCUGCUUCUGAAGAUUCCUAUGUUAAUGUUUGGAAUAUUCAGUCGAAAACUAAUGAUGUUUCAUUGAGUUUUUCUUUAAGCAUCAAUGAUCUCAGCAUAGUAGGAGCUAAUUUCUAAGACAAACUCUCAGCUAAUACUCCUAUAUUCUUAACAUGUUACGAACAAGAGGAAAUUCAUGUAGUUCAAAGAGCUUGA